AUGCCUCUUGUCUGGGAGAAAACUCCAUCCCCCAGCAUGCCCCGCGGGGGCUGCGGUUGGCCGCGUCCAAUAGCAGCGGCGGCGAGGCGAGGGGCCGGACCCGGCGGCGGAGGAGGCCGUUUAAAGUGGUGGCGCUUGCGGGGCGUGAGGGGAAUGGCGGAGCCGGCGGAGUAUCCCCCUUUCCAGCUGGGGAAGCCCCGCUUCGAGCAGACUUCGUUUUAUGGCCGAUUCAGGCACUUCUUGGACAUCGUUGACCCCCGCACUCUCUUUGUUACAGAGAGUCGUCUUAAAGACGCUGUGCAGUUGUUGGAGGAUUAUAAACAUGGGACUUUACCCCCUGGAGUCACUAACAAAGAGCUUUGGGGAGCUCAAAAAAUAAAGCAGGCCAUCAUACAUCCUGAUACCAAUGAGAAGAUCUUCAUGCCUUUCAGAAUGUCAGGUUACAUUCCUUUUGGAACACCCAUCGUUGUUGGUCUUCUCCUACCAAACCAGACGCUGGCGUCCACGGUUUUUUGGCAGUGGUUGAAUCAGAGCCACAACGCAUGUGUCAACUAUGCAAACCGAAAUGCAACUAAGCCUUCUCCAACAUCCAAGUUCAUCCAGGGCUACUUGGGAGCUGUCAUAAGUGCUGUCUCAAUUGCAGUGGGCCUUAAUGUUCUGGUUCAGAGAGCAAACAAGUUUACGCCAGCUACCCGCCUCCUGAUCCAGAGGUUUGUGCCAUUCCCUGCUGUAGCUAGUGCCAAUAUCUGCAAUGUUGUCCUGAUGAGGCACACAGAGCUGGAAGAAGGGAUUGAUGUCCUGGACAGUAACGGAAACAUUGUCGGAUCUUCCAGAAUUGCUGCCAAACAUGCACUGAUAGAGACAGCCCUGACUAGAGUGGUCCUGCCAAUGCCUAUACUGGUUCUACCUCCAAUGAUUAUGUCUAUACUGGAAAAAACGUCUCUCCUGCGAUCCCGUCCCCGGAUGGUUCUCCCAGUGCAAGGCAUUGUGUGCCUCGCGGCCUUUGGCCUGGCUCUUCCCUUGGCCAUCAGUCUCUUUCCACAGAUGUCGGAGAUUGAGACAUCUCGACUGGAGCCAGAAAUUGCAAUGGCCACUACCAGUAAGGCGGUUGUCUACAAUAAAGGAUUGUAAGUGGAAGAGGAUCCUCGGAGCACAGAAGAUUGGGGGAGGAAAAGGGGACGCUCACAAUUACUUCUGGGGGGGAAAAACAAACGCUAGAACUCAGAGAUAGUAACAUACCACUCUCAGGAGCUGGGAGUGAAUUAACACUUUCAGAAUACUGACACCUCACAUCAGUCAAAAAGAUUACUAGUAAAAGUUUUAAAUUAGCAACAAGAACAAAAACAAAUGACUUUCAAGCACAUUAGAGAACUAGCUACAAUAUAAUGUCCUGAAUUAGAAACAGCUCUGCAUGGAAAGGAGUUUAAUGAUCUGUUGACAUGGGUAUGCCUAACUCUCCGUGAAAGUAGACUACGCAAGACAAUUUUGUUUUUUAAAUAAGAAUGAAAUCUCAACACUUGGAUGCUGCACAGAAAUAAUUCUGUAGAAAUCGAUUGGUGCAUGAGUUAGAAGCGCUAGACAGGGCAUUUGAUAAGUGUACAGUAUUGAUUAAAUGUCCAUCUUGCGCCAGUAA